AAGUUAGCAAAAGAAAAAAGAAGAAAAAAAGCUGUUGCUUAAAAACUAGCUAAACUCCAGAAGCUAAUCUCUAAAUUAGCCUAAAAAAACCUCAGUAGAAACAAGAUUUGUCUUUAGUGGAUAAAUAAACGUUCAAAUUAAAAAAAAAUGGCUAAUCAUAAUAAAAAAGGCACAGAAAAUGCUUUUAAAUGAGAUCAACAGAUGAUCCGUGUGUCUGUUUACCUUUAAAAAGAUGUCACUAUUGCAUCAUUCUCUCACUGUGCAGGUCUUUGGCGAGCAUCUCCAUCCUGUUUGGACAGGUGGUGAGAGGAAUAAGCUCUGGAGCCCGGGUGUUUGAAUACCUUUCCCUGCAGCCGUCCAUCCCUCUCUGUGGGGGAGGACGCAUCCCGCAUCACUCCCUGAUGGGGAGAGUGGACUUUAUGAACAUUUCAUUCAGUUAUCCUACAAGACCUGGUCAUGAAGUCUUAAAUAAAUUCAACCUGACGCUGCCACCUUCUAAAACCAUCGCUAUAGUCGGAGAAUCUGGAGGAGGAAAGUCCACAGUAGCAGCCCUGCUGGAGCGCUUUUAUGACCCGUCCAGUGGUGUGAUUAUGCUGGAUGGACUCGACAUCCGAACCCUCGACCUGUCCUGGCUCCGAGGACAAGUCAUCGGGUUUAUCAAUCAGGAGCCUGUUUUGUUUGGAUCAUCCAUCAUGGAGAACAUUCGUUUCGGGAAGCCGGAAGCGACCGACGCCGAAGUCAUGGAAGCAUCAAAACAAGCCAACGCUUACGGCUUCAUCACCAGCUUUCCAGAUGGCUUCAACACGCUGGUUGCCCACCAGCAACAAGCCCCCCUCCCUCCGCUAUGCACCACUGACGCCAGGUCUGAACACAUGUGCCCCUCCGGUAUGCAGCAGAGGAGCAUGUCGCCGUCGUUUAGUGUCCACUUGAAGGUAAGUUGGCACAGCUGGUGCAACAAAGUGAGCCAAGACUGGUCAGGCCCUCUGUCUCUGCGGUGGCGAUCACCUGGACAAACAAGCGUGCCAGCCCCGCGGCCGCAUCUGAGGGAUCGGAGGAACGACAUCAGCUGGCAACAAGUAUGAAGGCAAGAACAUUGU